UGCUGUCGUGCAGCGGUCUAUCAGUGCGCCAACAGUCCCCGCAGAGCGCAGAGCUGAGCGCGCUGAAGCUCCGUCUGUCACAGAAGAGCGAGGAUCUCCGCCACCUUUACGGGAUCCGAAGGAGUGGAUAAACUGAGCAGACAAGGGGUCCCCGCAGGUGAGGUGAGGAUAAGGACGAGAUCUGCAUCUGCCCCAUCUGUCCAUCAGCGAACCAAGUGCCUCGGUGCCGGCCACCCUCAGGUCACCUCAACCACGACGGGCGGCAAACAAUAAAAGUCUUGACCCGGCGUCCCUCAGACAACCUGCACAAAGCAAAUAUUUAAGGCCAUUAUAUCUAAUUUCUCCAGGCAGCCGUCACUGAAAAGAUCAACAGUGAAGGGUGUUGUUGGGAGAGAGAAGGAGAGAAGAAGAAAAAGUGGGGGAGGAAAAAGUAACUCUUUCAAAGUGCACCCUGCCUGCUAUUUCUGCUGCGGUGUGGGCAGGGAGCGUCUCAUUUGGGAGGGCUCUUGGCUGACAAAAAAAGGACUUCCCUGUGCCCUGCCUGACUAUCCAAAUGCCUGUGUAAAUACUGGAUAGAGAUAUCAAUUUGUCUGGGCUCUGAAAUUGCCCAGAAAAGAGACUGCAAGCUAUCUAUAGAAAAGGUUACAACAAACUUGAACUCUGUGGUCUCCUGAAUUGCUACGUAUCUAAUACUCCUCAAAGAAGAUUCAAGAGCUGUUUGAACAGGAAAGAGAGCAGGUUUCGUCCCUCAGAAACUUUUGCAAACUGCCAACAACUGCUCUCUGGGGGACACCAGAGGCUGUCGGUCAUUUGAGGGCUGCAGUUUUGAUGUCUUUCCCAGCUCAGUAAAUCAACAUGAAGCCCCUAACGCCAGCUGGAUCCCCCUCUCCUCUGAGGCUCCUCAACAAGGGUCCAGACUACCUGCGCAGGCAGAUAGACGGUGGAGGCCACGGCCGCUCCAUCAGCGCUGUGGAGAGGCUUGAGGCGGACAAAGCCAAAUAUGUUAAGAGCCAGCAAGUGAUCAACACCAAACAGGAGCCUGUGCUGGUGCCAUGUGCUACCCCUCCACCGCAGCCACGGCGAGCUAUAUCCAUCCCCGGGAGCCUGACGCCUCGUUUUACCCCGCGGCUUUCAUCCAACACCCCCUUCUCUACACUCUCUGGCUCGUUCACCUCAAGAGAUGAGAAUGAAAAUGAUGACUCCAGGAAGGAGAACAGACGGACCUCUGUGGACGUUGAGGCGCAUAACAGGAGCAAUGCGAACAAUGUACUGCCUCCCAACCCCAGGACUCCUGGCAUCAACUCCUUGGUAGCGCCGCACAGCGCCCCUGUACUCAGGAGAAGCACAGGCAAACGCAUGUUGAGGCCGGACUCCCUCGUCAUCUACAGACAGAAGAAAGAGUGCAAGAGUCCCAACGGUGCAGCGGUGGGGGACAACAAUAACACGGAAGUGAGGGGCUACAGUUUUGUCCGCCGCCUCUUCCAGGGCUCCUUGAGGGAGAAGGGAAGCGGAAGUGAAGGCAGAAUCCAGAAGAUGGUGAUCGGUGAAGAGAAAGCGCCUUCACGGGAUGGAGACUCCCGCAUGUCUUGGACCAAUGAGAAAGACACUACGAAUGGAGGACCAGGAAGCAGAAGGUCCAGUAAAACUGAUCCAGAACGCAGCCCAGGGUCUAACCCCAGCCCUGGGUUUAGCUCUACGCUUGAACGGACUAAGAACGGAUUUACAAAUGGUACCGGUGAUGGUAUCACCAAUGGCAGCCACUCAAAUAACCACGAUGAUGAGAAUGACCCGUGGAAGCGGGCGUCACCCCCACCAGCACCCAGAAGACAGUUUGGGGAGUUGCGGCGCUCAAAGUCAGACCUGCAUCUGCGCUGCUCAGUAGCGUUGUCGGAGCAGGAGCAUUUCUUUGACUUCUGCGGUCUGGACGUGGACAUGAUAGAGCGUCUGGGUCGAACAAAUUUCCUCUCGGGUGCCAGCUCCAUAGACACACUCUCAUUGGCCCUCCGCAGUGUCGCCGGGGACGGCUGCUCGGAGCCCAGCGAGUUCUCCCAGCACUCAGGAGACGGGCUGUUUCAGGAGGAGCUGGCCGAUCAGCCUCCCACUGGCGUCUCGAUCAUUGAGAGGAACGCUCGCGUCAUCAAGUGGCUUUACGGGUGUAAGAACGCUGCUCGAGAGGGACCCAAAGAGUCUACUGUUUAAUCUAAGGACAAAGAAACCAUGUGCCGUGGAGUGCAGAAGGAAGAAUUUUGUUUCUAUUUUUGGAGCAGCAAUGCAAGUCAAAGCAGCAAAAUAUGAUUUUUCUUUAAAUUUGAAACAAAUUUCUCUGACAACUUAGGGUUCGUUUCAGACGCCUAUCACUGCACGUAGGGUUAGCACUCCAUGGCACAUGAUGACCUUUUGUUGCUUGCUCUCCCCAACUCCAAAGAGACUGUUUCUUCAAAUGAGAGGACAACAACUGCUUCUAGUUAUCUCCUGUUCAAAUUGAUAUAUUGUAUUUAUAGAUCUAUUGUGUGGGUGUAUAGACAGACCUUACUGAUGAAUGGAACCAUUUCCCCCAGGAUAAUGUUUUAUUAUGUGUGCGUGUGUAUGUGUGUGUGUGACUGUGUGUUGAGUAGACGUUGUUGUCCUCUCCAUUUCUGAAAUCAGUCCCUGUGACCCUCUACAAGGCACAUAAGUGUAUGUUCGUCAUGACACAGUGGGCACAGUUAGUGCGCUUGACACCAACACUUUCCCUUAAUGACUAAAUUAAAAUGGAAAACCACUAAGCUAUGUUAUUUUUUCUAAACUGGAAAACUGUUGUGUGAGUGUGAAGUGAACCAUGAGUACCUCAUCAGGAUCUGUCCCAGUUUAGUUUGUGUGUUGCCUUUUUUUUCUUUUUUUACUCCUUAAACGCAGGCGUUGGAACAAACAUGCGAGGCACCCCUGUGGGGUUGUUAAUGCACUGAACUGGACAGAGAGAGAGGAAAUGAAAGAUAGACAUAUGGCUUGAACUCUUUACGGGAGCUUCAUCUCAUAUAACGUUAAUUAAACACUGAGCUGGAUUCAAAGGAGCUUCUGCUUCGUGGAAGACAAGGGGCCAUGUGUGGCCAGUCAUUUUGAUCUCAUUUUCUAAACCCCAAGGAGGGUUCACACAGUAUAUACACUGUCCAAUAAUCACUAGUGACACAGUCAUUGAUUACCACAGCUAAUGCUUCAUGCCUGUUCAGUGCUCAUAGCUGUGUAAGCUAUAUGGUUGCAAGCUCAGCAACAGAGAAAGAUUCCUGUCAGAGAAAAAACACACAUUUACAAGCAAAUACGAGCACAGCGAGGACUUAAAAGUCACAAAAGAAGUUACAAAAAUGAUAUAUUCACCUCCAAAAAUAAGAGAGCUCAAGUUGUCAAACCCUUUACAGCGAAAUGUUUUUAGGAUGUCACUUUGACCAUCUGUCAGUUUGCAGACGUUGAACUUUCCCAGCUGACUCAGUCAGCCGUUUCCCAUCAAAACAAGCAAGGAUAACCACGGAUCCUACCUCACUUCAUCCAUCCUUCAGUGAUUCUCACUUUAUCUCCAUGAAAGGAUGCCACUGAAAUAUGAACUGGGGGUCUGCCGAGGUAUGCGGAGGUUAGACUGAGAGGCGUUCUGGGGUGAGAACUACUGAACUCAAGGGCACGAUUUAUUUCUACAUGUGAUAAAUUAACACAAUUACAGUACUUGCAGCUUUGAUAUGAUAUCUUUUCUGUAUUCGUCAUCAGCAUGGCACACUCCUGAUAUCCCUUCAAAUGUUUUUGUUUUUAAUAUCUCCCUGUUGAAAACCAUUGGUUGCAUGUUUACAAAGUGGCUCCGUGAAAUUCUGAAUCUCUUUUUUUAUUUGAUAUAUAUAUAUAUAUAUAUAUGAGAGAUUUAGUUUUUAUUCCAAAGAUGUUUGUGUAUGAUGUACACAGCAAAUAAACACAAAGAAUGAAA